AUGAAACUGUUAUGGCUCGCACUGAUCAUCCUACACCAAGGAUAUGCCUUGGUUCCAGUGACCAUCGUUCAGCUCGGAGACAAUGUAACUUUGAAAUGCUAUUUUCCAGAAGAAAAGACGAGCAGCAGUAGUGAACUUCACUGGUACAAACAAAGUGCAGGAAAUGCACUGGAAUUAAUUUUGAAGCUGAUGGAAAAUACCAAGCCUACUUAUGGACCUGAAUUUUUGGGCUCAAGACUGACUGCAACAUAUACAGAGAAAAUUAGCAAUCUGACGAUUAGGAAGACGACUGAAGGAGACGAAGGCAUGUAUCACUGCGCUGUGAUUGACUGGAACAAGAACAUUUGGCAAGGGACCUAUUUGCUAAUACAAGGAAAUACUGUGGUGUCUUCAAAUUAUACAGUUGUUCAGACGCCAACAAUAUCGCAUCCAGUUCAUCCAGGAGACCCAGUGACUCUUCAGUGUUCGGUCCUCUCUGGCUCUGACAACAAGAAAUGUUCAGGAGAUCUGAAUUUGUUCUGGAUAAGAGCUGGAGACAAAUCUUUUCCAAACUUCAUCUACACUGAUGGAAACAGAGAAAAUAAAUGUGAAGAGAAGCUGGACUCUAAGCAGAUAUGUGUGUAUAAUUUCUCUAAAACAUUCAACGCAUCUGAUGGGACUUUCUACUGUGCUGUGGCCACAUGUGGAGAGAUAUUUUUUGGAAAUGGAACAAAAUUGGAUGUUGCUACAUCUCAAGAUGACUUUGUCACCCUGGUGAUAACAAUUACCUGCUUGGUAAUUUCUGUUAUUAUAAAUAUACUUUUCUGCUGCCAGAUUCCAAGAUCAUCAUGUAAACCUAUUAAAGGGAAAGAAGCGUCCUGUUCUCGAGCAAAACAAAGCAACCGCAGGGAGUCAAAAGAUUUUACUAAUGAAGAGGAACAUGAAUUAAACUAUGCUGCGUUACGUUUCUCUGGAGCUAAAAGGAUGAAAGGAAUCCCAAAGAGACAGAUGGAGACCGACGAUAGUGUGUAUUCACAAGUGAAACACUAAAAUAUAAAUAUGUGGUUGUAAUCUUUUCAGGGAGCAAAAUCUCCCAGUGAAUAAAAUGAAAAUAUUUUCUUCUUUUUGUUUUAUACCCUAAAGAAUACAGUAAACACAUAUGUUUGCCAUUUGCAGUAUUUUUCACAGAAUUAAAAGUUUCCAUCUUCUU